AUGGGAAUUACCGGCCAUCGAAAUCGUCUGGUCUCUCACCGCUCACGCCGCUCACCGCUCGCUUUCUCUUUCCGUCAGAAACCAGCAAGGUCUGCUGGUACUGCUUCCGGACAGACCAGCUCACGAAGACGCACGAUGAAUCCUAACAAGAGACCGCCACCAUCCUCUUCGACAGGGACGUUCGAGGGAGGCGAUGCUACGAAGCGAGCGCGCGAUCAUCCCGACAAGAUCCUUCGGCCUGGGCAGGAGCAGCCUGGAAACGUGCUCUUGGUUCGAGUUACAGACAUCGUCCAUCCGGUGACGAUCCUCGCACUUCAGCAGAUUUUUUCCAGGUUCGGGAAGGUGGAUAAGAUUGUCAUGUUCGACAAGGGCUCCGGCUCACAAGCACUGGUACAGAUGGCGAAUGUUCACACGGCUAUGAGCGCGCACGAAGCCGCGGACAUGCAGAGCGGUCCGUACGGUAGUAUUCCCUUCUCUUCCGAGAGGAGCCCUGGCGGUUUCGGGUCCAUGGGCAUGGGUGGCGGCGUUGGUGGUGGUGGUGGUGGUGGUGGUGGUGGUGGUGGUGGCGGCGGCGGUGGCGGCGGUGGCGGGGCAAGGGCGAUUCCCCACUCUGGACGACCCGGCCGGGGGGGCGGGACGGGCGGCCCGGGCGCUGGCGGCCUUGGUGGCGGCAGCGGAGGAGGUCAAGGGAGAGCGGCGGCGGGGCGGGGCCCACCGCUGGGUCCUGGCGGCGGCGGCGGCGGCAGUGGGCUAUUGCAGGCACCCAUGCACCGGCAAGGCCCCAUGUUCCUGCACGACAAUGGGAACUAUCGAUCCCAGAUGAGGUUCCGCUCGUCUGAUAAAAAGCCGACGACCAAUGCAGCGCCCGGAGGCGCAAUCAAGCCGAGGUCUCGUGUUCCUCGCCUCGAUCCUGUCCAAAUUCAGGCACUAACGGCAGCGGCGGCCGUGGCAAAGAAAUCGGUCCGGCAGCCCAAGUCGGAAGAGAAUGUGGAGGGCAAAGAGAGUGGCAGCGAAGCAACUGUAGUAGCGGGUAGGGGAGGUGGCGGUGGGGACGGCAAGACCUUGUCCGGUUUCGUGAAGGAGGGUGCGGGAUCCAGCGGAGGUAGCGGCAACAAGACCGCGAACAAGCGGGAGGCCGCGGAAAUGCUGGGGCCGGACGCUACCGAACAGCUGGCUGCGGCGACAGCCAAGGUGUUUCUGGAAAAGAGGACCAAUAAACGUGAGGCGGCAGAGAUGCUGGGCCCCGACGCGACGGAUCAGCUGGCGGCGGCGACGGCGAAGGUGAGGGUUAGUGACGACGGGGACGGCGAAGACGCUUCGUUGUCGGCCGGAAAGGACGUAGAGGCGGGCGACAGCUCGGAAAAAGCGGGGAGCCGGCAGGACGAGAGUAAGCGCAAGGCAUGCGCGGUAGAGGGUGACAACGAGGGUGAAAAGGGUAGCGGGAAGCGAACGGCCGGUGCUGGCGGGGGCAGUGUAGGAGAAGAAGCCCCGGUGGAAGGCGUGGUGACCCGGCGAGGGGGGCUCAGGAGCGGAAGCACGGGGGGGGGGAAAGAUUUCCCGCCAGAGGACAAGACAAAGGCAGAGGACGUUGCGCCAGAAGAGAAGACAAAGGCGGACGGCGUUGAGGUCGCGGAGGGAGAAGACCCUUCAAAGUCGCAGGAAACCGGCGAGGAGAAGGUUGAGGAGGCUGCUCAGUGUGACGGCCCGACCGGCAACGCAGAAGAAGGGAAGCAAGCGGAGAACGUAGAAAACGACGGGGAAACUGAGUCCGAGCCCGAAGUAGAGGCUGGGGGGGGGGACAAGGAGAAAGAGGAGGAGGAGGAGAAGCUCGAAGCCGGCGACGAAGUAGACGACAAGAGCAAAGGAGGGGAUGAGGUUGAAGGCGGCGAGAAGCAAGGGGAAGGGGAAGCCGGCGAUGGGGCCGAAGGAGAGACUAAAGUUAAGGUCGAGACGGAGGACGAUGCCGAGGCCGAGGCCGAGGCCGAGGGCGAUGGCGGUGGCAACCAUGAUGAUGAAGAUGACGAAGCCGCGGGAGACGGAGAAGAGGAGAGAGUUGACGUUGGGGCUUGGGCUGCGGCUGGUCCGGUUGCUCGGUCUCCCAUUGUCAUGGUGCGGCACGUCGACACGCUCGAGGUUAGCCCGGGCGCCUUCUGCCACCUGUUCGGGCUGUACGGUGACGUGAUGAAGGUGAAACUUGUUGCCAGCCGAGGGAUGGCGCUCGUGCAGAUGAGGUACCCCGUCCAAGCUGCCAACGCCCAGCGCCUCCUGGACCAGACACCGCUCUCCGGCAUGACGAUAGAGGUCAAGCCGUCCAGCCAGUGGACUAUCAACGACCCAACCGCUACAGACUUCAGCGGGGUCCAAGGGUUGCACAGGUUCAGUACGACCCCUACACCAGAAGACAAGCGCUACCGCGACUCCCUGUCGCCGCCGUGCCCUACGCUGGUGGUGGACAACGUGUCUCCAGACGUGACGGCGGAAACCAUCACCUCCAUUUUUGCGAAGCAUGGGGCGGUGUCUUCCGUAGACCUCGACACCCAUGCCAAGGCCCCGUUGGACACGGCAUCAGCCCUUGCAAGCACCGGGGGUAGCAACGCUGAGCCUACCAAGCCUUCGGUGCAGGCCCUGGUGCACAUGGAAGCGGACGGGAAAGUCCGCGCAACGGAAGCUGCAGUGCACGCGCUCAUCAUGACCCACAACCUCACCUUGGCGGAGCGCAGGCUGCGUGUAUCUUUCCUGAGCGGAGAGCACCAUAUCGAGAAGUAAAGUAAACCAAGUGGUAUUGCUGUAAACGGAAAUGGAGAGCGGAUUGAAGGAUGAACUGAUGGAGACAACGGCGGCGUUUGAUUGGUAUACAGUGGGGAUAGAUCGGCAUGAACUUCGAUUCAGUUUGCUUCGGUUCAUGUCGUUGGACCUGUGGUCUCAACGCGGCUUGUAAGGGAUGGAAGCCGCGUUCUUGGCACGGCGGUAUUCUGUUCUUCUAGCCUCGGCAGUGUUCUUGAUUUCAUGCGCGCUGUCGGUGUGGUUCUGGUGCGCACACGAAUCCCGGCACCUUUGCGUCAAUGUCAGUCUUGUGAGGAGAGAACAGAUUCGCCUGUAGCGUGUAUAUCACUGAUCAUGACAUUUUGCUAGAAGUUCAUUUAGUAUCUAAAUAUCAAGGUGUUUGAGGAUUCCCAUGAAAUCCUUCCUAAGUUUUGCACUCGAAUGCCGAUGCAACCAACACCUAGAGGAAUUAUUAUGUUGGCACACGGGUGGAUGAGUGAUGUUGUGGGUUCGAGUGCUUGUACACGAUUCGUUAUGUGUUCCAUGAUUCCGUCGGCUUCCAUCCAGCAAACCCUGCUAAUUCUAACGCAAAUCGUGGUGCGGAGGUACUUCGAAGUACUUAGACGUUUUGAGGGCCCGAGUGCCGAAAUUCGAAACUGGUGUUCGCUGGAUUCAUAAUCGUGGGGCUGGUGAACGUAGUUGUUUUGAUCCACUCAUCGAAGAUGGAGGUGAUACACGCGUGUGAAUGGCUAGCAGCGGAGAAUCGGAUAAUAUCACGCGAUGACAU